AUGGCGAUACUGGAAUCCGUAGCACUAGAAGAAAUGGCGGUGGAAUUGACCCAAUUAGCUUUAGCUAUCAUGGGAGCGCUGGCCCGGGGAAAAUAUGAUGAAAAAUAUGAACAUCAAUGCAACCCGUGGACGCUAUUGGGUAUCGAAGACUUUGUUCUUUUGACACUUCUCUACAGAGAAGAGCUUUGUUGACCGUGCAUGCACGUGAUAGUUAUAGUCGGUGGACACGAAUACCAAUACGAAACGGAAACCCCAGGGGGCCAAUUUUGAAAAGUUGAGUCUUCUCGGUUGCAAAAACGACAGAGCAAUAAAAAGAUGACAGUUGAACAUGAAGAUGCAAGAUGAAGAUAUGUAUGAAUAGGAAAUGACAUUAUACACUGCUACCAUGCCCACCCGGUUCCCCUUGCAGGGAGAACGCGGAAGGGCCGCGGGCCGUCUUCCCGCAACGCCUCCCGCGCGCCCCAAGGCCCCGGAGGUACGCUUACAGUACUCGUCCGGGGGCACACACAAGCGCCACCGGCCACGGCGCGCACGCUCUACAGGAGCGGAACAACACCGGGACGCCGGACACACCUCUUACCCCUUGUCAGUCACGGCCGAAGUCUGGCCUCCACGCGCACAAACAAGCGACGCCCCCAUGUGUCCCCUGUGUCGGUGCCAUCAACACUCACGCCAAAUACGCAGCUGCAACUUCCACCUUUUCAUAUGGAAGCGAAGUCAUCUAUUGAUAUUGAGUCAACGAAGGAUGAACUUAAUACAUUUAGAUCCAGACGCGAAACACAGACAUUGACAUUCAUCUGUCCCUCCUCCCUGCCCUGCGUGCGGGGGAGGGGACGAUCGCCGAGCAGAAUCACACCCGCGUCUGCGGAGCAGCAACCCAAACCCUCCACCCCGACCAACCCCCCAAGCGCGGAUUGUGGAGACCGGCCAGCACCUGCAGUUCGACCUACACAGAACCUGUCGCUGCCGCGGCGUGCUCUCGUCAGCCUGUGGCACUACGACCCCCCGCCGCCUCCCAGCGACCAACUACUGCCUACGCCAGGGCUGAGCGACCGAGCGCUCUCUCGCGGCACAAGCGCCGGCAUCACCAUGCCGGACCACACGCCCUACCUACACGGGGGGAACCCUAA